AAUUCCCAUUUCCCCUCACGAUUCCCCCUCAUGAUUCCCAUUCCCCCUCACAAUUCCCAUUUCCCCUCACAAUUCCCAUUCCCCCUCACAAUUCCCAUUCCCCCUCCCGAUUCCCUCUCACCAUUCCCCUUCUCCCUCCGAGGCGAUCCCCGGGCCGGCCUCUCCGGGGCCUCGGCCUUCCCGAGGGGAUCUCCGCGUGGGGAAAAGCCCCGGGCUGGAGGGAUUUGUGUCCCAAACCUCCCCAGGCUGGCGGAAAAAAAGGCUUCCAUAGGCUACACCUACGAGGACAGCACGGUGGAGGAGCUGGAGAACUCCCUGGAAAAACGAGCCGGGGACGAGGAGGACUCCGAGGAAGACUCCAACACCGACGAGGACGAAGUGAUCCCGGACAUCGACGUGGAGGUGGACGUGGAUGAGCUGAACCAGGAGCAAGUGGCCGACCUGAACAAGCAGGCCACCACCUACGGCAUGGCCGAGGGGGAUUUCGUCAG